UCGCAGGCCCUGGUCCGCAAGACGAGCUGGGUUGCGGGGGGUGCUGGAGCCUAUCCCUGCAUGCAUUGGUGGCAGUUACUGGCGUCUGUCAUGAGCGCCAAAGUGGACCGGGAGGUCCUGGCCGUAGGCAGAGAUAGCCCUGCUGACUCUGUCCCUGACCCCACCCCUGACUCUCAUUUGUCCAAUGAGAGCCUGGUACCAAAGCCCCGCCCACAGACUACCGCUGCACUUAUUGUCCCAGCUGUCUCUCACGCUGUGGAGAAGGGGAGCCUGCCGCACAGCAGUCUGGAGGGGGCCAGAGGGGCAUGUGACCCGCAGAGCUCCGCCCUGCUGCCCCAGGUGGGGGGCACAUGCAACAUCGUCCACGUUCUGGAGUGGAAGGAGGGCGUGGCUCUUCUCCCAGGUAGCAACCUGAAGUUUCGAAUGAGAGACUGUGGCACACUGGAGGUCGUCAGUGAUGAAAAGGUCACCUGUGUGGGACCUGUUGCCGAGGACACUGUGGGGAAGCAGGGCGUGGACCAGAGAGGACCAAGCCAGAAAGCAGAUGCGGGUGGUGCUGCAGCUGAUGCUGCAUGGGGUGUGGCGGGUGAUCGGAAGACUGAGGACACCCCAGUUCGCUGUGGAACCUCAGAGCUGGGCACUCUGAGGACGUACGCACAGGAAGUACACACACAGCCAGGAAGUGAGAGGGCUGAGGGAGGAGAGAAGGGGCCCAGGAGUCAGGGAUCAGUGGUGGAUCUGGAGCUGCUGAAGCCGGUGAAGAAGAGGAAAAGGAAAGACUUCCUGUGCCCGUCAGAGGAGGAGUCAGAGGCGGAGGGCGGGGAGGAGAAAGCUGAGGACCUGAAGAUCGACGGCCCGGCAGAUGAGGGAGGACAGAACCGGCCAGGGCUCACAGAGUGUAAGAAGGAAAUGCGGACAACAUGGGCUCAAUAUCUUGAGGAUCAGAAGGCUAUUGCUGCCCCAGCCGAACUCUUCCACGAGUCUCAGAGGGUCCCGCGGUCCAGGAGCACCUUCCGGCAGGGAAUGAAACUGGAAGGAAUUGACCCCCAGCACCCCUCCAUGUACUUUGUUCUGACUGUGGCUGAGGUCUGUGGUUGCAGGAUGCGUCUUCACUUUGACGGGUACUCUGACUGCCAUGACUUUUGGGUAAAUGUCAACUGCCCAGAGAUCCACCCAGCCGGCUGGUGCGAACGGACAGGCCACAAGCUCUACACACCCAAAGGGUGUAAGGAAGAGGAGUUCUCCUGGUCAAGCUACUUAAGGCUCACAAAAGCACAGGUCGCCCCGACAGAGCUGUUCGUCAGCCCUGGCUGUGUGGAGGUGCCCUGCAGUUUCGAGGUGGGGAUGAAGCUGGAGGCCGUGGAUCGCAUGAACCCCUCCCUCAUCUGUGUUGCCACGGUGACCGACGUGGUGGACGGCCGCUUCCUGGUCCACUUUGACAACUGGGACGACACUUACGACUACUGGUGCGAUGCCAGCAGCCCCUACAUCCACCCCAUUGGCUGGUGCCAGGAGAGGGGCCUCCCUCUCACGCCCCCGCAAGACUACCCAGAUCCAGACAGGUUUAACUGGCAGAAGUACCUGGAGGAAACAGGCUCCACAGCUGUGGCUGCAGAGGCCUUUAAAGUGCGGCCGGCGCAUGGCUUUCAGGUGCAGAUGAAGCUGGAGGCGGUGGACAGGCGCAAUCCGGCCCUGGUGCGGGUCGCCACCGUGGAGGAAGUGGACACCCACAGGAUAAAGAUUCACUUUGAUGGGUGGAACCAUGUGUAUGAUGAAUGGAUGGACUCAGACCACCCGGACAUCCACCCCGCUGGCUGGUGUGAGCAGACAGGCCACCCCCUGAAAUGGCCUCCGUAUGACUCCAGUACCCAACAACCCGGUCCCAGGGAGCCGCCAGCCGCAGGACAGACCAGCUUCUCCUCCCUCACCUGUAAGGGAAUAACUCACCCCAGAAGCACCAAGUACAGCUUUCACCACAGGAAGUGCCCCACCCCGGGGUGCGACGGCUCGGGUCAUGUGACCGGCCGUUUCACAGCGCACCACUGCCUGUCGGGCUGUCCCCUGGCUGAGCGCAACCAGGGCCGGCUGAAGACCGAGCUGCCCGACGCCGACGCGCCCGGAGGGAAGAGGAACCUCCUGGUGUUUGGUCAGCGAUCCAAGAAGUCUCGUUACCAUGGCAGGAUUGGACGCCCACCCAAAUACAGGAAGGGCCAGCAGCGGGCUUACCAGAGCCUGUCUGCGGAGGCUGUGUACCCCUCGCUCUUCAUGUCCGCGCUGUCGGCUCACCCUGACCGCUCUCUGUCCCUGUGCUGGGAGCAGCACUGCAAGCUGCUGCCCGGAGUGGCUGGAAUCCACUCCAGCAAGGUGGCUGGCUGGACUGUGGAGGAGGUCUUUGGUUUUGUUCAGAACCUGACUGGCUGUGAAGAACAAGCUCGUCUGUUCAGAGAUGAGAUGAUUGAUGGAGAGGCUUUCUUGCUGCUGACUCAAACAGACAUUGUCAAGAUCAUGAGUAUUAAGCUGGGGCCAGCUCUGAAGAUCUACAACGCUAUUCUCAUGUUCAAGAGCACCGACGAAGGCCUGAAGUGACUUCUGGUCUCGCCCAAUCCCACGGCGAAUAAUGUGCCAAACCCCGCCUCCCUCCCACUCCCCCACCUGGUGUCGCCCAAUCCUGUGGCGUGUAAUGUGCCAAACCCCAGCUCCCUUCCACUCCCUUGCCUGGUGUCGCCCAAUCCCGCGACGAAUAAUGUGUGAAACCCCACCUCCCUCCCACUCCCUUGCCUGGUGUCGCCCAAUCCUGUGGCGUGUAAUGUGCCAAACCCCGCCUCCCUCCUACUCCUGGUGUCGCCCAAUCCUGUGGCAUGUAAUGUGCCAAACCCCGCCUCCCUCCUACUCCUGGUGUCGCCCAAUCCUGUGGCGUUUAAUGUGCCAAACCCCGCCUCCCUCCUACUCCUGGUGUCGCCCAAUCCUGUGGCGUGUAAUGUGCCAAACCCCGCCUCUCUGGUGGUCGCCCAAUCCUGCGGCACAUGGUGGGCCAGGCUCCUCCUUUUCCCUCCUCUGUGUGUGUAUUGUUCAGCUCCUGUCAGAGAGAGAGUGAGAAUGGCACGGCCAUAUUGAGUCACAUCUGUACUGAGCCUGACCUGCAGGCUGUGCCAUACGUCCCUAUACAUUUGCAUUCAGCAAGGUGUGUUUUUGACGCACUCACAGUGCAAUAGAAAAUCAGUGUUAAAAGUAUCUGCAGUGAUUCGGGACUUAUACUACAAUAAUGUAGCCAAACAAUACAACAUUCACAACAGUUUGUGCUUUUCUUAUUUUUCUGUGCCAUCCUCAGACAGGGCUACUUGGGUCAUUCCAGAAGGACUGUCGGUUGUGUGGCGAGUUUUUCAGAAUGCGUUUCUUUAAAUUUCUCUAACGAGUUACAGUUCUUUGUAUUUCCUCAGUUUGAUCAUUUAAAAAAGAAUGUUCGCCAAAAUGAAAUUUGCAAAACAUUUCUGGGCCAAAAUUUUUCCAGCUUCCUUACAUUCAUAAAUAGAAUGAAUGAAUGUGUAAAAUGCGUAUCGACGUGUCGCAGAAUUCUCGGGCAGGACUCUCUCUCUGAGGCGCACAGACUGUGUUGAGAUUCGCAGUUCUUGGGUCACAAUGUCUUUCAAACCAUCAAAAACAAUAAAUGUACUGUUGAAGAUUU